AUGCUGCUCAGAGCAGCCCAAUCGCCCUGCUGGCGCACGCCGGCGCUCUAUGUGCAUCCUCUUGUCGCAAUUCCACGUACCCCGAGGACAGCCGUCCAGUACAGGAGCCAGUUAAGAAUAUUCACAACAAAUGGGAAUUCCUUGAGGAAACAGGUUUCUCAGGGUACAACCCCAGACCAGAAGUUGGCGGGUUCUGUCACUACAUCGGUACAAAAGCCAAAGGAUGACGAGAAAAAAGGGUCUGCGAAGAAAGGGGAUUUGCUCAGUGAGACUACUUUAGGCAAUAAGGCGCAAAGGAAAGCAGAUUGGGCGAUCAUGAAGGAGAUGUCUAAGUAUCUUUGGCCAAAGGACGACUGGGGCACCAAACUUCGGGUUGGCACUGCUCUUUCAUUGUUAGUCGGGGCAAAGGUUUUAAAUGUCGAGGUGCCAUUCUACUUCAAGAGCAUUGUCGAUGCAAUGAACAUUGACAUUGCGGCCGUUGGAGGAACCGCCUAUACCGUGGCCGGCUCAAUGAUCAUAGCUUAUGGCGUCACUCGAAUAGGAGCUACUCUAUUUCAAGAGUUGCGGAAUGCGGUGUUCGCAAGCGUUGCGCAAAAGGCCAUUCGAAAGGUUGCGCGGAAUGUGUUUGAGCAUUUGCUACAGCUGGACCUCAACUUUCAUCUUAGCCGCCAGACUGGUGGUUUGACCAGAGCCAUUGAUCGUGGUACCAAGGGUAUCAGCUUUCUUCUUACAUCUAUGGUGUUUCAUAUAGCCCCGACUGCUCUGGAAAUAUCUAUGGUGUGCGGUAUAUUGACGUACCAAUACGGCGCGCAAUUUGCAGCCAUCACGGCUGCGACGAUGGUCGCGUAUACUGCUUUUACCAUCACAACUACCGCCUGGCGGACCAAGUUCCGUAAGAGGGCCAAUGCGGCGGACAACCGUGGUGCAACGGUGGCAGUGGAUUCUCUCAUUAACUACGAAGCCGUCAAAUAUUUCAACAACGAAAAGUUUGAGGCCGCGCGAUAUGACAAGGCACUUCAGGCAUAUGAAAAUGCUUCUAUCAGGGUGACGACGUCUCUUGCUUUCCUUAAUUCCGGACAGAACAUGAUCUUCUCGAGCGCUCUUGCUGGCAUGAUGUAUCUGGCAGCUAAUGGGGUUGCCAGCGGAGCAUUGACUGUUGGAGACUUGGUAAUGGUCAACCAGCUUGUCUUCCAGCUGUCCGUGCCUCUCAACUUCCUUGGAUCGGUCUAUCGAGAACUUCGGCAGUCAUUGUUGGACAUGGAAACCUUGUUCAAUCUGCAGAAAGUGAACGUUAACAUCAAAGAAAAGCCCGAUGCCAAAGCACUCGAGCUCAAGCGGGGCGGCGAAAUCAAGUUCGAAAACGUCACUUUUGGAUACCACCCUGAGCGACCUAUUCUGAAGAAUGUCAGCUUUACGAUUCCGGCGGGCGAAAAGUUCGCUAUCGUCGGUCCCAGCGGCUGUGGCAAGUCAACAAUUCUCAGACUGUUGUUUCGGUUCUACGAUGUUCAAGAAGGCCGAAUCUUGGUGGAUGGUCAGGAUAUCCGUGAUGUGACUCUGGAGAGUCUUCGCAAAGCGAUCGGGGUGGUUCCCCAGGACACUCCGUUGUUUAACGACACCAUUGAACACAACAUCCGGUACGGCCGGAUAGACGCGUCGGACGAGGAAGUCCGACAGGCUGCGCAGCGAGCUCACAUCCACGAACUCAUUGAAAGACUGCCUGAGGGAUACAAAACCGCUGUUGGAGAGAGAGGGAUGAUGAUCUCUGGAGGCGAGAAGCAGCGACUGGCUAUUUCCCGGCUUCUUUUGAAGAAUCCGCAACUCCUGUUCUUUGAUGAGGCGACAUCUGCACUUGACACGCACACGGAGACGGCAUUGUUGCAGAAUAUCAAGAGCAUUCUCAAAGAGAAGAAUCGUACCAGUGUCUUUGUCGCGCACCGUUUGCGAACUAUCUAUGACAGCGACCAGAUCCUUGUACUGAAGGAUGGGCAUGUAGCAGAGCAGGGUUCGCAUCGGGAGCUUCUGGAGGAAAACGGCAUCUACGCACAACUUUGGCAUGCCCAGGAAAUGUCGCUGGCGCAUGACCACGAAGCGGAGGCGGAGGGGGAGCAGACGGAGGAAUCGAAGCCAACGCGCUCUGUCUGA